GAGCCUUAGCCCAGCCAAGAUGCUGCUGCUGCUGGAGCUCCUGGUUUCCCUCUUUCUCUGGAGCAUCCCCCAGGCUAGAGCAGGACCAUCCAAUGGCCACGAGAUCAGCAAGGGGGUGGAGUGGUUGACCCGCUAUGGCUAUCUUCCUCCACCAGACCCCAUGGCUGCCCGUCUUCAGACACAAGAAGAACUGGCAAAUGCAAUCAAAAUAAUGCAAAGAUUUGCAGGACUGCCUAUGACUGGACAGCUAGACAGACAGACGCUGCAGAUGAUGAACCGGCCUCGUUGCUCCCUUCCGGACAUUAUUGGUACUUCUGAGUUGAUGCGUCGCCGGCGCAGGAGGAGACGUUAUGCUCUCAGUGACACUGUCUGGAAGAAGAAGGACUUGACGUGGCAUAUUCGUUACUUCCCUCGCUCCUCCAAGUUGUCGCACGAUCACAUCCGGAACCUUCUUUUCUAUGCCUUCCGGGCCUGGAGCAACACUUCAGCCUUGACCUUUCGUGAGGUGCACUCAGAACAAGCCGACAUUCUGGUGGACUUCAGCCGCUCUUACCAUGAAGACGGAUACCCCUUUGAUGGACCUGGAGGCACCCUGGCCCAUGCUUUUUUCCCUGGCGAACACCCCAUUUCUGGUGAUACCCAUUUUGAUGAUGAAGAGACAUGGAUUUAUGACCCAGAGAAUACAGCACCAGGUAGUGGCACAGACCUCUUUGCGGUAGCAGUACAUGAGUUUGGUCAUGCCUUGGGGCUGGCUCACUCUUCAGCCAAGGAAUCCAUCAUGAUCCCCUAUUACCAAGGCCCCGUUGGACUACCCCACCUGUAUCGGCUCCCUCUAGAUGACGCCAUGGGGAUUGAACAAAUUUAUGGUAAGCGCCACCCUGGUUCCCGUCCAGACGGAGACAUCCCAGCAUUACCAGUUCCUACAGUGCCCCCCAUUCCUGACCUACCACCAUACCAGCCUACACAAAACACACGCCCACCAUCACCGAACCGUUGCAAGGCCCAUUUUGAUGCUAUCGCCAACAUCCGUGGGGAAAUGUUCUUCUUCAAGCAAAAACAUUUCUGGAGGAUGCAGCCAAGUCGUAACCUGGUUUCUUUGGAGCCUGCGCAGACACUCAGGUUCUGGAAUGGUCUCCCCCACGACUUCAAGGCCAUCGACGCUGUGUAUGAACGCAUCAAUGACAGUCAGAUUGUAUUCUUUACAGGAUCAUACUACUGGGUUUUCUAUGAGACUCGGGUCAAUCCAGGCUACCCCCGUCCCGUAUCAGAUCUUGGCCUUCCUGCCAACACUGUUGUGGGUGCAGCAUUUGUCUGGCCUCACAAUGGCAAGACAUACUUUUUAGAAAAGAACCAGUAUUGGCGCUAUGAUGAUCAGUUGGGAACCGUGGAAUCAGGGUACCCUAAGUCUGUCAGUCUUUGGGAAGGGGUACCCUCAGAUCUGGAUGAUGUCACUCGCUGGAAUGACGGUAACACAUAUUUCUUCAAGGGGACCCAAUACUGGGAGUUUUCCGGAGGCAACGUGCAGUCAGACGCUGGCUACCCCCGUUCUACCUCCCGAGACUGGAUGUAUUGCCAGGGGCCCUCUACUUCCUCCCCACCAGCUCCCAGGCAUGGAACAGGUGGAGACAAAGGAAUGUGCAUCUGCCACGGGUCUGCAGUGCAACUAGCACCUCUCUCAGCUUGGAUCCUGGCUUUGAUAUGGGUCCUGUGCUGACGAGUCACCAGCCACAAAAACAAUGCACUUUACACACUCAAGGAGGAGAUUGAACUGUGGGAGUGGGGGGGGGGGAAACUCCUGCGAUCAUCCACGCCCACCUUUUGUGGUGUUCCCAUGAAUCCCAUCCUUGAUCUACUAGGAUCCUUUUGGACAUUUCCUCCCUUGGCUCCAUGCUUAGUUUCCUAAAGGGAAAGGUGCUGGGGCAUCAGCCUCCCUGGUGGGCAAAGCUGGCCUGUGAUUUCUCAAUGGUGAACAAAAGGUACUCUGCAGCUGCUCAGAGGCAAUGUUUUUUCUAAUUACUUCCUACACCACAAGGCUGAGUUCCGGCUCCCUCCAAAGCCUGCUCAGCCCGACUAGCCCAUCCAGUUUCAGCUCUCUUACCCACUUACUCUUCACUCGCUCUGCUGUCAUUUCAAGACAAGAUGAAACCCAGAGGUCAUUUUAUCCUGUUAGCAUCACCAACUGAUUUAUUUGCUGCUCCUCCCCAUGAGGAUUUCAGGGAGAGGGAAGUUAUUCCGUCCCCAACGGACUCUGCCCAAGAAAGCCCUGCUUCCUGGUGGCUCUUGCUCUCGCUCUGCAGUGGAAAUUACGUGAAUUCAUUUUGAGGCCAGCCAGUGUUUCUAUAUUAGGUGAACACAAAUCAGUGCUCAAAGAAUCCUGGCUGGAGCUGCAGCUCCCUUUCCGAGCGGUAGUUCUAGGAGCAGACAAGAAGCUUGAUGGAUCAGCUAAUUCAGGUGAUUCAUCGCCAGGAGCAGGUGGCACACCACUGCUCUCAGAAGUUUCUUUCGUAAUAAAAGCCAAAUGGAAAC